AUGUUCGCCACUCCGAUCCUCCGAGCUGGACAGCCUGGUUUCUGGAAGAGGUCAUUAACAGAGUUCAAACGUCAAGCAGUGAUAGCUGUGAACAUGGAGGGCCUGCAUGUACCCACGAAACCUUUCCCCCUCAUAUACUUCGACAAGGAAGAGAGCAUAGGCGCAACGAAAAUCAUGUGCGAUUCAGAUAUGGGAGGAUUCAGUACAGCGAGCUUGACAUGGGUGCCACCACAGCGGAGUAGCAGGAGCUCAACGACAUCAAGGACGACUACAUCAAGUAGCGACGAAAAGUCAGAGGAAACAGCAAUCACAGAACACGAAGGCGAACCAGCACAUGCUUUGUUCAAAGGCACAAUAUCAACAGAACUCCCGCAGAACCGGCCGAACAUUCAACGAUCAGGGUAUGCUGCGUUCCGCACAAGAGAUCGAGGAGUCUCCCUAUUCGGAAAGCUGCUGUGGGAUAUUGACCCCUACAACUACCUCGCUCUCCGCGUUAAGAGCGACGGGAGGAAAUACUUCAUCAACAUCCAAACCGAAUCGAUUGUUCCCACAGAUCUACAUCAACAUCUUUUGCCUUGCAGUAGACCGGGCGAAUGGGAGACCAUCACAAUACCUUUUGCUGCGUUCGUGCGGACAAACUACGGGAUGGUGGUGGAGCCACAACGGGAGAUGUUGAGGCAGAAAGUGAGGAGUAUAGGGAUUGGCUUGACGGAUCGAGUACAAGGGCCGUUUGAGUUAAGGGUAGCGGAUAUGUGGGCGACGAAUCAGCCGCCAAAGAGAGGAGAUGCGGAUACUGGGUUUGACGUGCAAAGGGUGGACGAGAGGGGGACGGGAAUGAUGGACGAGGUGGAGCCAAAGAGGAAGCCGGGCGAGGAGGAGAAGAUUCUGAUUUGA